ACUAUCCCUUUUAUUCUUUUGUUCAUGAUGUGGGUGUUGCUUGAUUAAGUGGCAUAAAUGUUUUUUUUGUUUGUUUGUUUUAAUAAUUAUUUAAUGAGAAGAGAGCAACUGAAAUUAGAGCAGAGGAAAAAGGAAACAAAUGCCUUACAUAACACUACCCAUCCCCAUCCAUUGAAUGAGGAAGAAACUUCACCUGUAAAUUACAGUACAUCAAGCCGUUCCUGAGGUAGGCGUGUUCCUACAGCCUUUCUUUAAGACAGCUCUUUUAACCCUGUUGAGUGGGUUGAUGAAUGUAUUAAGUGCAAAGUACUGGAGGAGGUUUAAGCUGUUCAGGAUGGGGGACUGCUGCAUGUCUGGUGAAGACAGGGAAAGUGCCAGGAUUAACCAUGAAAUUGAGAGACAGCUUAAGAUGGACAAAAAGGAUGCAUCCCGACAACUGAAACUUUUGCUUUUAGGUACAGGGGAGAGUGGGAAGAGCACUUUCAUCAAGCAGAUGAGAAUUAUACAUGGCAGGGGCUACACAGAGGAAGACAGGAGGGCCUUUGCCAAGCUGGUGUACCAGAAUAUCUUUGUUUCUAUUCAAACCUUGCUUCAAGCCAUGGAUAUCCUGAAAAUCCAUUUUGCUGAUGGAAAAAACACAACAUAUGCUGCAAUGCUUAACAAAGUGACCCCUGAAACAGUACUGUCACUGGAGGCUGAAUAUGCUGAAGCCAUCAAGAGUGUGUGGAAAGACCAAGGCCUGCAGAAAUGCUUUGAACGCAGGAGAGAGUUUCAGUUGUCAGACUCUACCAAAUAUUACCUUGAUGACAUUGACAGAAUAUCUGCAGCCUUUUACUUGCCGAAUCUGCAGGAUAUUCUACGAGUCCGAGUUCCAACCACAGGCAUCAUUGAGUACGUCUUUGACCUUCAGACUGUCAUUUUCAGAAUGGUUGACGUCGGAGGCCAAAAGUCAGAAAGACGGAAGUGGAUCCAUUGUUUUGAAAAUGUCACUUCCAUCAUCUACCUGGUGGCUCUGAGCGAGUACGAUCAGGUCUUAUACGAGUGUGCGAAAGAGAACCGCAUGGAGGAAAGUAAAGCACUUUUUAAGACAAUCAUCUCUUACCCCUGGUUCCAGGAUUCAUCUAUCAUCCUCUUCCUCAAUAAGACAGAUAUCCUGAAGGAGAAGAUCUCAAAGUCAGACCUUGUAAAGUAUUUUCCACAAUAUACAGGCCCUAAAAAUGAUGCAGAAGCCGCAAUGAAGUUCAUCUUGAGUAUGUAUGAAGAACAGAACAAGGACACACAUAAACGUAUCUACGCACAUUUCACAUGUGCAACCGACACUGAAAAUAUCCGCUUUGUUUUUAGUGCUGUGAAGGACACCAUUCUGCGGAGCAUCCUGUCAACAUUUAACUUGGGUUAAGUGAUAAAAGUGAUUUUAUAUAUGGCUAGAUUGAAUGUUUUUUUUUUUUGUUUUUUUUUUUUACCUCUGAGUCAAUGAAAAUGUGAAUGUGAUCUGUGUGUGAGCCCUGGAAUUAUGUCAAAGUGCAUUCUGUGAAUUCUUCUUGCAUUAGCGGAAAUUCAAGGGAAAGUGUUUUAAUUAUGUGUUUUGCUGAAUAAAGAAAGUCUUACAGGUUUGGAAAAAAAA